AUGAAACGAGCUAUCAUACAGUUUACCGUCGCUACAGCGCUCUUGGUCACCAAUGUUCAAUCGCAACCUUUUUCCUCCCAGAUACCCCUCAAACCAGCUCAGAAACCAUGGUCACAGUGGAUGGCCGACAGCAUCAUCAGUCGCGGCGAUGCCCUAAAGGUUGAGCCUAACACCAUGACCUCUACCGUAUUCAAACACGGCAUGUUUCAAUUGGCAUUGGAGCGACUACUGGAGCAUGUUCCCAACGAGCAAUCAAAAGCUCAUUACUUUGAUUAUCUUCAGCAGAGCGUCCAGGCGGAAUUAGGCACACACGGUCUUAGAUAUUACGAUGUGGAACAUACGCACAUUAUCGAUGACUUGCUUCUGGGUCAUGGACUGCUCUACUUACACGAAGUGCUCGGUGAUGAGAAGUACCUGAGCGCCGCGAAGCAGCUGCGCCAGAGCUUGGACACGCAGCCACGCACUGCUGAGGGUAUGUACUGGUAUCGAGCAGACACAUCUCGUCAAGACCUCGAGUAUCCCAACACUCCUGACCAGGCUUUUGUGGAGCAAAUAUACAUGUUCGCUCCGUUCUUGACUCGCUAUACGAAUUUGGUGGAUAUCGGCAACGCAACCGCGGCCUACGACGAUGUUCUUCGCCAAUUCGAGCUCUUCUCAAACCAUUGCGAGCACCAAGACACCCACCUAUGGGCACAGGGCUACGACGAUACCAAGCAAAAACCAUGGGCUGAUCCAGUAACGGGCGCAACACCUGAGAUUUGGGGUCGUGCAAAUGGGUGGAUGACCAUGGCCCUGGUCGAUACACUGGAGCUGCUGCCCGUUUCGCACCGAUCGGAUCUGUGGACGAGACUGCACACUCUGUAUGUUGAUUUGGCCAAGGCUGCAGCCAAAGCCAUAGACCCCGACACUGGAGCUUGGUGGCAGGUAAUGUCCUGGCCGGGACGCGAAGGAAACUUCAUCGAAAGCAGUGCUUCGGGAAUGUUCGUCUACUCCCUGUAUAAGGGUCUGCGUUUGGGGUACUUUGAGGAUGCAGAGGACCAAACAGCAAUUUAUCGCUCUGCGACCAAAGGUUUCCAGGGACUGAUUGAUCAAUUUGUGGUGUAUGAGUCGCAGGGCGCGCUGGGUUUCAACGGCACAGUGCAGGUUCGUGGGCUUGGUGGAAAUUUCUCCUACGAGUUUUACAUCGAUGGAACAAUUGCCUACAAUGAUCUAGAAGGUGCAACCGCCUUCCUCUUCGCCGCGAUUGAGCAUGAAUUGGCUGGAGGCAUUGUUUUGUAA